GCCCAACCCAAGUCUUCACAGCUCACUGGCGGUUGCUAAGGCCGCUCUCACCGACCUCUCUCAGCCCCGCCCACCCAGCCUGAGUUAUUGACAUCCAGUUCAUCCAAUGGACAGAAAAAAAGGCCUUUAAACCAGCCCUUUCUCUCUACUCCCUACCAAUAGCGUGACGUCCCCGCCUUUCGCAGCCCGGCGUUAAGCGGAACUUCUCUCUCCAGCUGUGUCUCUUAGCAACUAAGCCCCCGGCUCCUCCAGAAGCCCCUCUUCGCACAUGCGCAAACUGCGGACGGGGAAUUGGGCGCCCUAGCCCUGGCGUUUUUGGUGUUGCUGUCCCAGCCAGUAUCGCGUCUGGCCGGUGGGAAGCCGGGAACUCCAGCCCCCUGUAGGAGAGGAGAAAGGAGCGAGGGCCGGAUUUACUGCUUCUGCCCGUUCUGAAUUUGGCCAGGAAUCAGCUUAAAGGACAGGGGAGAAAGACUGAGAUCAUGAUACAUGGUGAUGGCUUGCAGAGUCGUAAACAAAAGAAGACACAUGGGACUUCAACAACUUUCAUCAUUCGCGGAAACAGGAAGAACUUUCCUAGGCCCACUAAAAUCAUCCAAAUUUAUUAUAGAUGAAGAAUGUCAUGAAAGUGUAUUAAUCAGUUCAACAGUAAGGCUUCUUGAAAGUUUGGAUUUAACCAGUGCAGUGGGACAACUUCUCAAUGAAGCAGUUCAAGCACAAAAUAACACAUAUAGAACUGGAAUCAGUACUCUUUUGUUUCUUGUUGGUGCUUGGAGCAGUGCAGUUGAAGAAUGUCUUCAUCUUGGUGUCCCCAUUUCCAUAAUAGUGUCAGUAAUGUCAGAAGGCUUAAACUUUUGUAGUGAAGAGGUAGUUUCUCUUCAUGUACCUGUUCACAAUAUAUUUGACUGUAUGGACAGCACAAAAACAUUUUCUCAACUUGAAACAUUUAGUGUAAGUUUGUGUCCUUUUCUACAGGUCCCUUCAGAUACUGAUUUGAUAGAGGAAGAGCAUGCUCUCAAAGAUGUUGCCUCUCAAACACUGACCAUUUCCAACCUUUCUGGGAGACCUCUUAAAUCAUCUGAAUUAUUUAAACCUCAGACAAAGGUUGAAGCAGAUAAGAACACAUCACGAACUCUGAAAAACAGCCUGCUUGCAGAUACCUGCUGCAGACAGUCAAUACUAAUCCACAGUAGGCAUUUUAAUAGGACAGAUAAUACUGAAGAGGUAAGCAAACCAGAUGGAUUUCAAGAACAUGUUACAGCUACUCACAAAACUUACAGAUGUAAUGAUUUGGUAGAGUUGGCAGUAGGCUUGAGUCAUGGAGAUCAUAGCAGCAUGAAGUUAGUAGAAGAAGCAGUACAGCUGCAAUAUCAGAAUGCUUGUGUGCAACAAGGCAACUGUACAAAACCAUUUAUGUUUGACAUUUCAAGAAUUUUCACUUGCUGUCUACCAGGCUUACCUGAAACUUCUUCUUGUGUUUGUCCAGGAUAUAUCACUGUUGUGUCAGUAUCUAAUAAUCCUGUGAUCAAGGAAUUGCAGAAUCAGCCUGUCCGAAUAGUUCUCAUUGAGGGUGACCUCACAGAGAAUUACCGCCACCUGGGAUUUAAUAAGUCUGCAAAUAUUAAAACAGUAUUAGAUAGCAUGCAGCUUCAAGAAGACAGCUCAGAAGAACUGUGGGCAAAUCACGUAUUACAGGUAUUAAUCCAGUUCAAGGUGAACCUUGUCCUGGUACAAGGAAAUGUGUCUGAACGCUUAAUUGAAAAAUGUAUAAACAGUAAGCGGUUGGUAAUCGGCUCAGUGAAUGGCAGUGUGAUGCAGGCUUUUGCAGAGGCUGCAGGAGCAGUACAGGUGGCGUACAUUACACAAGUGAAUGAAGAUUGUGUGGGCAACGGGGUCUGUGUGACCUUCUGGAGAAGCAGCCCUUUGGAUGUUGUAGAUAGGAACAACAGAAUCGCAAUCUUAUUAAAAACAGAAGGAAUUAAUUUGGUUACAGCCGUGCUCACUAACCCGGUUACUGCACAGAUGCAAACCAAAGAAGAUAGGUUCUGGACAUGUGCCUAUCGUUUGUAUUAUGCUCUAAAAGAGGAAAAGGUCUUCCUUGGAGGUGGUGCAGUUGAAUUUUUGUGUCUUAGCUGUCUUCAAAUUCUUGCAGAGCAAUCUCUGAAAAAAGAAAACCAUGCCUGCUCAGGGUGGCUGCAUAAUACUUCCUCUUGGCUGGCUUCAUCUCUGGCAAUAUACAGACCAACUGUGCUUAAAUUCCUGGCAAAUGGAUGGCAGAAAUACCUUUCAACUCUCCUAUAUAACACUGCCAAUUACUCAUCAGAAUUUGAAGCCAGCACAUACAUUCAACAUCAUCUGCAAAAUGCCACAGACUCUGGCUUUCCUUCAUCUUACAUCUUGAAUGAAUAUAGUAAACUAAAUAGUAGAAUUUUUAAUUCAGACAUUUCAAAUAAACUGGAGCAGAUUCCAAGAGUUUAUGACGUUGUUACACCAAAGAUUGAGGCGUGGCGCCGAGCAUUGGAUUUAGUACUGUUAGUACUUCAGACAGACAGUGAAAUAAUUGCUGGACAUGGACACACACAGAUAAAUUCACAGGAAUUAACGGACUUUCUAUUUUUGUAGUGUUACUGGCUAAGUCUUUGGAAAAUAAUUUUUCAUAAUAUGUCAUGCUAAUAAUAAAUGUAUUGAUAGCCAAGUCAUGGUGCCUAAAAUGCCAGCUAUUGCCAAGAAGAAAAUAGUUGAUGUCUGUCAAUAACUGUGCAUGGUCUGAGAUUUUACCCUACUUAUAAGCUAACAAGUUAGCCUGUUACUGUUGCGUGGGAUGCUACAGAAUGCAUAAGACACCUGGGUCAGAAACAAAGGACUUUUAUCACUCACAGCAAAAGCUGUAGCCAGAGCUUCAUGUUGGUUUUAUUCAGUUCCUCAUUUUUCUAGUUCCCACAGGAGGAACACAAAGGGCCCAUGAUGAAAGCCUGCAAACAGUGGGUUAUGUUGUAAGCUUGGGUUAUUAACUGCUUUUAUAGUAAGCAAAAAAAUCCUGGUCUUUGUCCAAAGGGAGUUAUUACCCCAUACUUGAAGAUAGCUUAGUGUAAACACAAGCCUAGGACAUGGACUAGGUAAAGACAAAGUCCUUGCAUUCUUGACAUACCCAGUAAGUAUGCAGGGACACUCAGAGGCCAUAGUGGAUAGUCUCUUCCAACAGUCUGCUCCUCAGCCUGAGAUGUUCUUGGACAAACUUGAAUUUUCACAUGAGUAUGCCACUCCAUCAGCUACUCUGAUUAACCUGACAGUCGGGUUGUUUAGUCAGUACCAAAUUUGUUCAUUUGGUCUCAUAUAGCAAUUAAUGAAGGCUAUUAUCAGACACAGCAGCAGGAUGAAGCCAACCUGCAGUAUUAACCUCAGGCCUGUCCCCCAAGGUCUUGACUCAAUCAACUGUAAGUUCCAAGGGAGGACAAAUAGGUCUUUUUAUUAGGCAGCCAGAAUGUAGUGAAGGACAAUUUAUUAUACUUUAUGACCCAAUAAAGGGAGCUUUGACUGA